UGAAUCUGUUUGUUUUUUUGGAAGCUGUCAGUGACACGGUCUGUAUCUCUGCUCACUGAAUUACUAAUAUACAUUCCUCCGGAUUGUCUCACUGCAGGGAAGCGUGCUUUUUUUUAACUUUAUAAAAAACUUAACUCGGGUUGUGACCAUGUUGGAAUCGACCGUCAAGAACUUCUGCAUCAAUUUCAACGUAGCGAGCGAGGGGAGGACAUUCCGCAGCGGGCAGCUGGUCUCAGGACACGUCUCCUUCGACCUGAGCAAGAAGACGAAGAUCACCGACAUAUCGAUGCGUCUGAAGGGACAGGCCCACAUCCACUGGUCCACUGGUGGAGGGAAGAAGAGGAGGAAGAGAAACUACAGUGCAAACGUCACCUACUUCGACCUGAAGAGCGUCAUCCUGCAGGAGAACUCAGCCAUUGGCGAGUCGGUGAAACUCCAGGCUGGCACGCACAUGUAUCCGUUUACAUGCCAGAUACCUCAGGGAGACUUCCCACCGAGCUUCAAGGGCGUUUGUGGAAAAAUAGAGUAUAUGUUAACCGUGAGCAUCCACAGACCCUGGCACAUGUCUAAGGACUUUGUGACUGAGUUAAACCUCAUAAACAGCAUCAAUACCAACCAGCCAGAGCUGAGGGCUCCUCUCUCAGGCUCCAACCAAAUGACUCUGUGCUGCCUGUGGUGUGCCUCACCUGCUAUCACAAUGACAGUCAGUGUGGAGAAGAAAGCCUUUACUCCUGGUGAAACUGUGAAAAUAAUUUGUGAAUUCAGUAACGGUUCAUCUCGAACAGCCACUCCGAAGGUGAAGCUGUUGCAGAAGCAGACCUUCUACACCCACGAAAGGGUCAACAGGAGGGUGUAUGACAAGAACUUGGCAUCAGGGUUCGGGCAGCCCAUCCACGCACAGACCUGCGACGUGCACACUGAGAUGAUGGUCUUGAUUCCUCAGUCUGCGUCACUUACCAUCUCUAACUGCAGCAUCCUGGUCGUUAGUUAUUCUAUUGAGGUGAGCGUGACAGUGUGCUCUGGCCCUGACCUCACCGUUCUGUUUCCCAUCAUCGUUUGUGAUACCCCUGUUCAUCCUCAACCCCCUCCUUAUGUGUGAGUUGAUUCAGAUGAAUCUAAUGAAAUGCCAACAUACUACAAUUCCUCACUCUGCCCUGUGACUGGGGAGCCUUUCAGUAUUUCUCAGGGUUUUCGUAUAGGGCUCACCACAACAGGGAAGACCUUUGCCUCUAAGCUUUUCAUUUUUUACUGCUGUUUGUGUAAAGAUAACCUUUGUGUGUUUUUGUAUGAUGUGUUACAUUUGCGAAAGUCUCUUAUGCUCAUUUUGACAAACUCCAGUUGCCAAUUCUAGUCUUCCCACGAUCAAAUUCUGUCUCUUCAAUUCAUUGUGAACUGUUUGAUGUUUUGCGUGUCUCUGUUCUGCUGCUGCAAAUUCUCCUUCUGCUUAAACUUGCUUCGUGCAUGUUUUCAGCAGGUGUUGUCAGGUCUUUAACACACUGUAUGUUGCCAAUGAAAAGUUUAAUUUUCUACUCUGUUUAUGAUUUACAUGCAUACAUGUAUUUCUUUUUAUUUCUGUGUCAUGCUAAUUGCAUUUGGCCCAUCUCUUCUUGGGAUUACAAGACACCAUUGAUUUGAACACAAGCAUCUUAUUAUGGCAUUACUAUUAGGGCCAUAUAAAGAAACCAAGUUUUUAGGAAUUAUUUGGCAAUUUCAUGAGAAAAUGUCAUACUGUUAGAAGAAUAAAGAAAAUACAGAUAUUUUCAGGAAAUAAGAGGCCAGGAGAACGUUGGCUCUCCAGAGUUCUGCUACUUCUGGAGGAAAAAUCUCCAACCAAUCAUAUCAUUUCUUGAUUUCUUUAAUUUCCUUGUCCACAAAAGAGGUAAUUCUCUCCAUGUGGCUCUUGCUUUGGAAUAGACACUUUUUUACAAAAUAACAAGAUGCCCUACAUUGCUCAUUUUAUCUCAGGCAACAGGCUGAUCUUCUGAUAUUCCUCAUCUAAAAUGACACAUAGUCUAAAAUGACAACUUUAUUCCCCUUAAUUUAUGACUUUAUUCAAGAAAUAUCUUUGUGUGGCCUUAAUAUUAUAUAUCAAUAUUAUAUCAAUAUUACAAUGUAAAACAGUAAUGUCAUUUUUAAAGUGAUAUACACCAAAGUGCUUUGUUUAUACAGCAAGUGACUCUUCAUAGUAUCACAUAUAAACCAAAGGUACAAAGCUUGCUUUGUGGAAACUGCCUGAAGCAUCUUACUGCCAUCAGACAAGAUAUUGUACAUUUAUCUCAGUAUUAGUGUGUAUAAAUGCAUGUAUGUGAUUAUUGCCAAUGUUUACAGGACAUGUAUUCGUUGUCAAUAUAAGAGUGAAUAGACUGAGGUAGGAGGGAACAUAUGUUAUAUGUUAUUGCUUUUUAAUCAAGAAGCUGAAUUGAUGUUAAUGUUAUAAAAAAAGUACAUUGGAA